CUGGGCCAUUUGGAAAACCGGUGGCGUCAACAACAUGCUAGCCGGACUUCAGCGCGCGCGCGUACAUCGCCCCGCCAUCUCUGCCAUCCUCGCGCGGCCUCUGAGCACGAAGAAGGAAGCAGCCUCGUCGCGCUGGCAGGAGCGCUCGAUCCGGGUCGACCGCUCCGGCUUGCUCCAGCCCGGCAUUGCCAACGCGCUCCUCAAGGACAACCCGCACAUGCAAGCGAUCAAUGCCAAGAAGAAGAAGUCCAAGGAGAACGAGCUCGUCGGCUUUUUGCGCUCGAUGAUCGAAGUGCGCGGGCCCAUCACGGUCGCCGAGUUCAUGCGCCACGCGCUGAGCCAUCCGCUCCAUGGGUACUACAUGAAGCGCGACGUCUUUGGGAAGAAGGGCGACUUUACGACGGCGCCCGAGAUCAGCCAAAUGUUUGGCGAGCUCAUUGGCAUUUGGUGCAUCGCGACGUGGCAGCAGAUGGGCAUGCCCAACCCCGUCAACAUCGUCGAGAUGGGACCUGGUCGCGGCAGCCUCAUGCAAGACUUUGUCCGGACGGCCAAGCAGUUUCCGGCCUUUUACAACGCGCUUCGGAUUCACAUGGUUGAAAUCAGCCCUGCUUUGCGCAAGAUCCAGCAGGGAAAGCUCAACGUGUCGGUCGCCGAGAAUGGCCGUGAAGGUACGCUGCCCGAGCACGGCCCCACGAUUGCGUGGUACGAGGACGUUUCCGAGAUGCCCAAGGGCGUCCCGAGCCUCUUCAUUGCCCAAGAGCUGUUUGACGCGCUGCCCGUGCACCAGUUUGAGUACACGGCCAAGGGCUGGUGCGAACGCCUCGUGGACAUUGACACGUCGGGCGGCGACGACCACUUUUGCUUUGUGCUGUCGCCGGGCCCGACGCCCGCAACGCGCGUCUACAUUGGGAAGGAGAAGGUCUUCAACCCUGCGACCAACGUCAUCCAGCACCUCGCGACCGACACGUCGACGACGCCGCAAGACAUUCUCAAAAACAUCAACGCGGCCGCCGUUCUCCAGCAAACACAGCUCAAGGAGCACACGCUCUCGGAGGACCCCAAGACGCAGCCCGACGCGCCAAUCAUGUCGCCCGGCGUCGCUGUCGGGGACCGCCUCGAAAUUUCGCCCACGGGCAUUGCGCUCGUGCAAGACGUGGCCGCUCGGAUCGCGCUCGACGGCGGCGCGGCGCUGAUUGUCGACUAUGGUCGCGACCACCCGUCCGAAGUGAGUCUUCGCGGCAUCCAGCACCACGAGUUUGUGAGCGUGCUGCGAGAGCCUGGUGACGUCGACUUGAGUAUCGACGUCGACUUUUCGACGCUCAAGCGAUUCGCGACGGCGACGGGCGACGUCAAGGCGUUUGGCCCGAUCGAGCAAGGUCUCUUCCUCAAGGAAAUGGGCAUUGAGCACCGCAUGGCCGCGCUCUUUCAAGGCUGCUCUGAGGACACGCAGGAAGCCAUCUACCAAGCCUACGAGCGCCUCGUGCACCCCGACCAGAUGGGCUCCAUCUUCAAGGCCAUGGCCCUUCUCUCGACCAAGGUGCCCGGCGCCCCCGUCGCGUUUGGCGGUGGCCACGACCAGUAGACAACUACAACAACAUGGUCCAUGGACGCUCAAUCUCUUAGUUGCA